AAUUCUACACGUGUUUUUAACAGAAAAUUUUCUAAUCUGAGAAUAUAUAUCAGUCACACUGCAAACCAUUUAAAAGAGCAGUUGAGUUUUUAGAGAAAUUAGUUGGCUACGAGACAUUAAGUGAAAUUCUUAGAUUUAGUUAACAGGAGUAUGAACUAUACUUGGCUAAUCUUGUUGAUAUUGCAACUGUCAGUCUUCUUUAUGCAUCUCUGGGAGGCGGAAGGCAGACACAUUAAAAGUGGUUGUAAAAAGCACAAGCAAAAGCACAGAAAAUAUGCCAAUUCGCAACGAGCAAUUAACUUCCCAAUGCAAUACGAAGACAUAAAUUACAGGCCUCGUCGAAAACCAUCUGGUGUCUCCCCGAGAAAUUUUAUGUCAUUAUAUUUGAAAAGGAAAAAUAAUAAAAAGGGACCGAUUAAACCACCUAAAAUACACAAUAUAAAACCAGUUAAAAUAAACAAAAAUGUCAAGGAAAUUAUCGAAAGAUAUAUGAAUAGAUUUGUCGGAAAAGCCCGUGCCGAUGAACAUUUGCAUAGAGUGGUUACAGGAGCAACUGGAGCUAUUAUCGAUGCUGUGGCUGGCCCUGUUCCUACUGUUCCUGCUGUUCCUGCUAAAGCACCUGAUCCUCCUGAGUCUACAGAAGCUCCUGUAACUACUAAAGCUCCUGUAACUACUAAAGCUCCUGCAGCUGACAAAUCUUCUGUAGCUCAAGGGCCUGUAAAACAUGAGGAAUCUGUUGCUAAAAACCCUGCUAAAUUUGUAGAUAUUGUAAUUCUUAACUAAGUUUCUUAAGCUGUUGUAACAAUUGUUGCUGAUCCUGGGCAAUCGAUUGAUGAUUCUCUACAUGAUGUAGAAAAUAAUUUACUCUAAUUGCAUUUUUAAAUAAACUAUUUAAUAAUCUUCUGCUUCUA